AGUUCGCCUUUCAAACGAAUCGGUACAACGCGUAGAGAACCCGAAAGCAUUCGAGUCAAGAAACAAACAAAAAUAAGCACAGAUAUUCUGCGUUAUGUCAAGAGAACACCUAGCACCAGAGAUCGUAUAGUAAACAGAGCUAGUCAGCUGCCGGGUCAUCUCCCCCCAGUGUCCACCUGCAGACAGAGAUUCGGUGCACGCUAACUAUUAAUUGACCCCGAGGGUAAAUGAUUAUAGGCGAAAAGUUAGCUGUCUUUAACUACGUCAAUGGCAGAGCCCAGCAUGCAGAAUGGCGAUGCGGACGACGCUGGCCAGGCGGAAGCGAAGAAAAUUAAGUCGAAACAGCCCCAAAUGGAAACUGUCAACUAUUACCAGCUCUUUCGCUAUGCUCGCCGCAUCGACUAUCUGCUACUCGUCUGUGCCCUGAUCGCAGCGCUCCUGCAUGCUCUGGUGUUUCCCAUUGCCAUCAUUGUCUACAGCGAGCUAGUGGCCAUGUUCAUUGAUCGCAGCCUGGGCGUGGGAACCAGCUCGGGCACCAAGGCGCUGCCUUUGUUCGGUGGCGGCAAGCAGCUCACCAAUGCCAGCUAUGAGGAGAAUAUGCAGGAGCUACGCAAAGAUAGCGUCGCAUUCGGCAUUCUGAUGACCCUUGACUCGCUCUUGAUGCUCUUUUCCGGCAUGACCUUUGUGAACAUAUUCAAUCAUCUGGCUCUCAAGCUGACGGUAAGCAUGAGGCGGGAGUUCUUCAAGGCGACGGUCAGGCAGGAGAUCGGCUGGCACGACAUGGCCAAGGAUCAGAACUUUGCCGUGCGCAUAACGGAUAACAUGGAAAAAAUACGCACGGGCAUAGCUGAGAAUCUGGGACACUUUGUAACCAUCAUUUGCGAUGUGGCCAUUAGCGUUAUCAUAUCCUUUGUCUAUGGCUGGAAAUUGGCCUUGGCCAUGUUCUUCUACAUACCCCUGACCAUGGUGGUGAAUUCAGUGGUUGCUCACUACCAAAGCAAGCUCACAGCGCGGGAGCAGAGCUCCUAUGUGCGCGCCAGCUCGGUUGUGGAGGAGGUAAUCGGAGCCAUACGCACUGUGGUGGCAUUUGGAGGCGAGCACUCCGAGUCGACACGCUACGACACCCUGCUCAAGCCCGCACUCAAGGCGGGCAAGUGGAAGGGCGCCUUCUCCGGCCUCAGCGAUACGGUCAUGAAGGCCAUGAUGUUCAUUGUGGGCGCGGGCGCCUUUUGGUAUGGCGCCAAUUUGAUUCUGCACGAUCGGGCCAGCGAUAUGCCCAUCGAGGAUCGCAAGUAUACCCCAGCGAUCGUCAUGAUUGUGAUUUCGGGCAUCAUUGUGGGCGCUAAUCAACUCUCACGGACUUCCCCCUUCUUGGAGACCUUUGCCAUGGCCCGGGGAUCAGCGCGCGCCAUCUAUGAUGUUAUUGAUCGCGUGUCCCUUAUCGAUCCGCUCUCCAAGGCUGGCAAGAUACUCAACUACGGCCUGAAGGGCAACAUUGAGUUUCGGGACGUGUUCUUUCAGUAUCCCGCACGAAAGGAUAUUAUUGUGCUGAGAGGACUCAAUAUCACCGUCAAGGAAGGUCAAACUGUGGCGUUGGUUGGCUCCUCGGGCUGUGGCAAGUCCACCUGUGUGCAACUGCUCCAACGUUUCUAUGACCCAGUAUUCGGACAAGUGUUCUUGGACGGCGAAGAUGUGAGGAAAUAUAACCUCAACUGGCUGCGCUCCAAUAUAGCUGUGGUUGGCCAAGAGCCCGUGCUUUUCCAGGGCACCAUUGCUGAAAACAUUCGCCAUGGCAAGCCGCUGGCUACCCAAAAGGAGCUCGAGGAUUCCGCCAAAGCCGCCAAUGCGCAUGAGUUUAUCAUUGCGCUGGAUAAUGGCUAUGACACGCACAUUAGCGAAAAGGGUGUUCAGCUGUCAGGCGGACAGCGCCAACGCAUUGCCAUAGCCAGAGCCCUUAUACAGAAUCCCAAGAUACUUCUCCUAGAUGAGGCCACCUCCGCGUUGGACUAUCACUCCGAGAAACUGGUUCAAGCUGCCUUGGAUAAGGCCUCCAAGGGACGCACCACGCUCGUUGUCUCGCAUCGCUUAUCCGCGAUCAGGCAUGCUGAUCAAAUAUUUUACAUCGAGAACGGCAAAGCGGUGGAGCAGGGCACCCAUGAGGAUCUCAUGAAGCUGGAGGGACACUACUACAAAAUGGUAGCAGCCCAUGAAUAUGACGACAAGGCUGAUGAGCUACUCCAUGAGGAGCUGCCUGAGCAGCUGCCCAAGGAACGCAAGCAGUCCAAGGAUGUGGAACAAUUCCAAAGAAACUCUGUAAAAUCCCUAGAUAAAAACUUGGAGUUUCCAAUGAAGGGCUUGCAUCAAAGUAAGAAACAAGUCGCCGAGGAGCUGGAGAAGUCCGCAAAUGCAAAGAGCAUCAGCUAUCCGCGUACAUUCCUGCGAGUCCUGGCUACAGCACGCCCCGAGUGGUCUUUCCUGAUCAUUGGCACCAUAUGCGCCGGACUCUAUGGCUGCGCCAUGCCAGCCUUCUCCAUUGUGCUGGCAGAGCUGUAUGCCUCGCUGGCCGAGCCCACGGAAGAGGCGGUGCUGGCGCACAGCUCCUCCAUGUCCAUCAUCACCGUGGUGAUUGGCGUCUGUGUGGGCAUCUUCUGCUUCGUGCAAACCUUUUUCUAUAAUCUAGCCGGAGUGUGGCUAACCUCACGCAUGCGCUCCAAGACAUUUAGCGCCAUUAUGAAGCAGGAAAUGGGCUGGUUUGAUGAGAAGGAGAACAGUGUGGGGGCGCUCUCCGCUCGCUUGUCGGGCGAUGCAGCCAGCGUGCAAGGCGCUAUCGGGUUUCCGCUCAGCAACAUAAUACAGGCGCUCACCAACUUCAUCUGCAGCUUCUCCAUUGCCUUCAGCUAUUCCUGGGAGCUGGCGCUCGUCUGUCUGAGCACAGCUCCAUUCAUGGUGGGCUCCAUAAUCUUUGAGGCCAGGUUCAGUGAGAAGUCGGCGCUGAAGGAGAAGAAUGUAUUAGAGGAAACGAGUCGCAUAGCCACCGAAACAAUUUCACAAAUACGAACUGUGGCUGCUCUGCGCAGAGAAGAGGAACUGAUCAAGGCCUACGAUGCGGAGGUGGAGCGAUAUCGCCUGCAAAUAAAGAGCCGUCUGAAGUGGCGAGGAUUGGUCAACGCCAUGGGCAUGACGCUAAUGUUCUUCGGCUACGCCGUCACCUUGACCUACGGCGGGUUCAUGUGUGCCGAGGGCAGAAUCAAAUUCGAAGUGAUCAUGAAGAUCGCCAACACAAUGCUCUAUGGUCUGUUCAUCUUGGCUCAGUCCUUGGCCUUCACGCCAGCCUUCAAUGCGGCGCUGCUGUCCGCCACACGCAUGUACGAGAUCAUAGAUCGCUCGCCUCUGAUUCAAUCCCCAAAUGUGAUGGAUCAGAUGGGCAACGGCAAGAUCUGCAAGACGAACGUUGUGGAGCAGGGCGUCAGCUAUCGUGGCCUCAAUUUCUCGUAUCCAUCACGACCCGAUAACGAGGUGCUGAAGGACUUUAAUCUCGACGUGCUGCAGGGUCAAACGGUUGCUCUGGUAGGCGCCUCCGGCUCGGGCAAGUCCACGUGUGUUCAGCUGCUGCUGCGCUACUAUGAUCCGGAUGAGGGCAAGAUUCUCAUCGACCAGGAGUGCAUACAUCAGGACAUGGAGCUGAAGACCCUACGUCGUCGCCUGGGCAUUGUCUCGCAGGAGCCGUCGCUCUUCGAGAAAACCAUCGCAGAGAACAUCAGCUAUGGAGACACCUCACGCACCGUGCCCAUGCAGCAGAUUAUUGACGCAGCCAAGAUGGCAAAUGCCCACGAUUUCAUUAUGACACUGCCCGCCCAAUACGAGACCAUGUUGGGCGCCAAGGGCACCCAGCUGUCGGGUGGCCAAAAGCAGCGCAUUGCCAUUGCACGCGCCAUGGUACGAAAUCCCAAGAUUCUGCUGCUGGACGAAGCGACCUCGGCCUUGGAUAUGCAAAGUGAGAGGGUGGUGCAACAGGCUCUGGACUACGCCUGUUCGGGUCGCACCUGCAUUGUGAUUGCCCAUCGCCUGUCCACGGUGCAGAAUGCCAAUAUCAUCUGUGUGAUUCAGGCCGGACGCAUCAUCGAGCAGGGCACACAUGCCCAGCUGCUGGCCAAGAAUGGCAUCUAUGCCAAAUUGUAUCGCAGUCAAGCCAAGUCCAAAUAAUGCGCACAACUAUGCAACAAUAGUAAAGGCAUAUGUUUAGCUUAGCCGAGACACAAACCACAGACCGCAAAAGUAUGCUACAGUUUUUGUAAACAAGCUAGAAAUAGAAAUAAUCUCGUAUGCAUACAUAAAUAUAUAUGGCUAAACCAGACAAACUUGAUUUGUGGGUGGCAGAGUGAUGAGAUUUUGGAAGAAUUUUAUAUAUUUAUGUUAUUGAUAUUUAUAUAUAUACGCUUGGUCUUUGGAAUUAACCAUAUACAAUCUUUAAUUAGAUCGAAACAGAAUUUUAAGUUUUAUGGAACACAUUGACCUUACACUUUGCUUCUCAUUACCAUAGAUGCUACUUCAUUUUUCGUUAUCUUAUCUUUAAAAAUUUGUUUGCCUUAGACAAACAUAGCUUCUGUGUGGGAAAUAUACUUUGGAGCAAUUAGUUGCGCAUUGCGCUUUAUAUGGAUCGGUUAUCCAGAAUUUCCCGAAUGCUUAUCAAAAUUAUUGCUUUGCUGCUGUUGUUCCACAGAGCGGUGCUAGCUGUAAGCACAGCUUGUCCCCUGGAGCAGUCCUGCGGCAAGGCAAACGACAGCAGCGCCAUCUGCCGUCUGGAUGAGCAAACUAUGUGCAUACGCAAAUACGCAUCGAAAUGCCAUAUGGAUAUUGCAGCUUGUCGCGAGGGAGCGAGUACCUAGCAACCUAACCAAGUCACAAGACAAGCUUCACUUCAGUUAAACAUAGCCUAAACCUCUUCAUCAAUCAUCAAUCAUCAGUCAAGCUCACUUUCCAUGCGCGUGCUACGGUUGGUGACACCAUAAUAAUAGCCACCGCUAGGGUAUAUCCGAUUCUUAAUCAUUCAUUUGUGCUGUUGGCUACCGAAAUUUAACCAGUCAAAACUCGUUUCGUUCAGACUACACCGACUUCAGUGACGUUUACUGCCAGAUGGAGACAUAUAUGUGCGAAGAGACGGCGACAUAUGAACGCUGGACCAUAUUCUUCGGGCACGCCAAAGAUUGAUACCAGUUCUAAAUAUAAAACGACAACAAUAA